UGUAAAAUAAAGAGAGGGUUAAACAUUUUCUCUUUCUAAACGGGAACGCCGGUUUAGAUUCCGGCGGAGGAGAUUUUAGGGAAGAUGUUGAGAUCACGGCGUUCACGUUCCCGUCACGGCGCACAAGCUUGCGCCGUUAUGUCUGCCGUUCUUCUUCUCGCUUCCGUCUCACUUCUCUACACUCGUCUCUCACUCUUCUCGUCUCAGUCGCCGAAUCACCUCCGCUCCGGCUCCGGCGAAGACGCUGUUCUGUUCCCGGAAUCUAUUCUCGUUUCAGAUUCCGACGUCGUUGAAACCACCGCCGGAGGAGGAAGAGGAUCUACUACGUCAACAGAGGAUAGAAUCGACGAGCACGACGACGCGAUCGAAGACGACGGCGUUUCGAAUGAGGAAGAUGAGAAUCAGGACGCGGAGCAAGAGCAAGAAGUGGAUCUUAAUCGGAACAAGGGCUCUUCUUCUUCUUCUUCUUCUUCUUCUUCUUCUUCUUCGUCGUCGUCGUCGUCUUCAUCUUCUGGGUUUUACUUUGAUCACGUUAACGGAGUGAUCAGAAGAUCUUCCAAUAAACGAUCGAUCGAUGAAUGGGAUUACGAUUACUCAGGUUUUAGUAUUGAUUCGGAUAAUUCAGGAGAUAAGACUAGAGCUGCGUUUGGAUCUGAUGAUGUUCCUUUAGACGAAUCGAUUCGUAGGAAGAUCGUUGAGGUUUCGAGUGUUGAAGAUGCGUUGUUGUUGAAAUCAGGGAAGAAGGUGUCGCCGUUGAGAGAAGGUUGGGGAGAUUGGUUUGAUAAGAAAGGUGAUUUCUUGAGGAGAGAUAGGAUGUUUAAGUCCAAUAUAGAGACGUUGAAUCCUUUGAAUAAUCCAAUGUUGCAGGAUCCUGAUGGUGUUGGGAUCACUGGAUUGACUAGAGGGGAUAAGGUUGUGCAGAAGUGGAGGUUGAAUCAGAUUAAAAGAAACCCUUUUAUGGCUAAGAAGCCAUUGAGUAUUGUUGUUUCAGAGAAGAAUGAACCAAAAGAUGGAGUUAGAGAGAGUAGAGAAAGGAUUAGGUUGGAGAGUAGUGUUGGUGAGAUUAAGAGAGGUGAGCGUAAGACAUUAGAUGAUAAUGAUAAGAAGAAGGAAGAGACUAAGGAACAGAGUAUAGUGGAAUCUGAGGGAAAGCUUGAUGAGGUUACAGAACAUAUGUAUGCAGAUGGAACAAAAUGGGGAUAUUAUCCUGGUAUAGAACUGAGUUUGUUGUUUUCGGAUUUUAUGGAUUCGUUUUUUAGAAAGGAGAAGUGCUCUAUGAGAGUGUUUAUGGUGUGGAAUUCACCUGGUUGGAUGUUUAGCGUUAGGCAUCAAAGAGGGCUUGAGAGCUUACUUUCUCAGCAUCGAGAUGCUUGUGUUGUUGUUUUCUCAGAGACCGUUGAGCUUGAUUUCUUCCGAAACAGUUUUGUGAAAGACGGUUAUAAAGUUGCUGUUGCAAUGCCGAACCUCGAUGAGUUGCUGCAGGAUACUCCUACUCACGUAUUUGCUUCUAUAUGGUUUGAUUGGAGAAAAACAAAGUUUUAUCCUACUCACUACAGUGAACUUGUUCGGCUCGCCGCUCUUUACAAAUAUGGUGGGGUUUAUCUCGAUUCUGAUGUGAUAGUAUUGGGUUCAUUGUCAUCCCUGAGAAACACUCUCGGCUUGGAAGAUCAGGCAGCGGGUGAUUCGCUAAACGGUGCAGUCAUGUCAUUCGAAAAGAAAAGCCCGUUCUUACUUGAAUGCUUGAACGAAUACUACUUAACUUAUGACGAUAAGUGUUUGCGAUGCAACGGAGCUGAUCUCUUGACUCGAGUAUCUAAACGGUUUCUAAACGGGAAGCUUAACAUUCGACCUUCCUCUGUAUUCUUCCCAAUCAGCCCACAACAGAUAACGAACUAUUUUACAUAUCCUACCACAGAAGAUGAGAAAUCGCAGCAAGACGAAUUGUUCAAGAAGAUCAUCAAUGAGUCAUUAACGUUCCAUUUUUGGAACAGCGCAACUUCAUCUCUGAUACCUGAACCAGAGAGCCUUGUCUCUAAGCUUCUUGACCGUAGUUGUGUCCGUUGCUCCGAUGUAUUAUAAAAACUAUAUUCCUUCCGUUGUUUUAACUAAGUCAUCCAGAUUAAAAAAAUCUUUAUUUUAACAAGUUCAA